CGGAAGUUAUGUUUGGACGGCUAGCUGUUACCGAAAAGGCUAAAUAAUCGCUGAGAAGAGCAGAAAUAGUUGGUCCGUGGUGGCGUUUAUGGGAAUGCGGGGAGGAAGGGAGCGGGCUGGCGACUGAAAAUAACAGGACCCAUGACCCUGACUCGUGGAUCAUUCACUUACUCCAACGGAGAGGAGUAUCAUGGGGAAUGGAAGGAAGGUCUGCGUCAUGGUCUGGGUCAGCUGACCUUCAGUGAUGGGACCUGUUUCACUGGACAGUUUGAGAACGGCCUCUUCAACGGCUGCGGCAUUCUGCUCUUUCCAGAUGGAUCCAGAUACGAAGGCGAGUUUGUGCAGGGGAAAUUUCAAGGCGUUGGUGUCUUCACUCGAUUCGAUGGCAUGAAGUUUGAAGGAGAAUUCAAAGGAGGAUCUGUGGAUGGAUAUGGAGCGUUGACUUUCUGUGACUCUGGUCCAGCCGGGGUCCACGAGGGUCUGUUUGAGUCCAGUGAGCUGACCCGACGAGAGGCCUGCCCCACUGUAGUCCAGAGAGCUCAGGCCGCUGCAGCCAAAGCACGAGUCCUAGCCAUGUGAACAACUACAACUCCCACAGUGCAUCUGGGCCCCUCACCUCCUGCCCCGCUGUAGUCCAGAGAGCUCAGGCUGCUGCAGCCAAUCCACGAGUCUUAGCCAUGUGAACAACUACAACUCCCACAAUGCACCUGGAUCUCUCAUCUCCUCCUAUAUGCCCUGGGUUUGAACCACACUAUGAAAAAUGAAUAUUUACAGUAAUUAAAAUGACUUGAAUUCAAAAUAAUCUUGAUUAGAAUUAGAAUAAUUAACCUGUUGAUAUGAUAUUUCUAGCUUUCAAGAUUUAUACAUUUAUUUAAAUCUCAUUUCAAGCAUAAUUGAUUGAUCACUGAUAUGGUUUUGACACUGAAAAAAAAAUACUGAUGUUACACAAUUAUGAAUGACUGAAUAUGAUCUAGAAUUUGAUUUAGACUAAAUAAAAUCAUGUGGGAUAUUUAUAUACCCAAUUUCUACAGUAUUCCAAGGGAGACAAUAAGCAUGCAAGAUAAAUAAGUUACUUGAUAUAAGAGAAAAUACUGAUGGAGGAUAAUUACAUUGAUCUAAGCCAUAGUACAAUUUGAAAAACUCACCAAACAAGCGAAUGAUCUAUGUAUAGUAAUAUAGUAUGACAUACAUGUAUGAUACAACUCAACUUCUCAAGUCAAGAUAUAUAUUGUGAAUUGAAGUCCAUUUUACCACAUAUUCAUUUUGUAGUGCACCCAUGUUAUUUAUUUUUCAUUACCUGUUUGUCGGUUUUCUUGUGAACCACAGCCACAGCGUGAACCCAGAAGACUGACUCUGGAUCAGCCAUGCCGUGUCAGAUUGGUGCUAAACUUUUUCAGGGUCCAAUUUUAUGGAACAAAUAACAAUUGUUUUCCAGUGAGUAAGACUGGAGGUUUUGUAUCAAAUACUGUUUGAGAACUUUUGACCAUUGAAAAGACAGAAUAAUCGGUUUUAAUUGGAGUUUCACUGUGUUUGAUAAAUGUCCCAGUCCUUCAUCUCUCCAAAACCCAUCGAUUGUUGUGAGUUUAAAUCUCAGUUAACAAAGAAAUAAUCAAAACUAAAAUGACAUAGAACCGGAACAAAUCUGUAAGACAAUUUUUGAAAUACACAGUUUACUGUACUGUAGGUAGUCAUUUCUGUUUGAAUUAGAUUAAUCUUUUUUAUCUUCUGCAAGUUCAAGGAAUAAUUUGUAUUUUAACAUCAUUAGACAUUUAGGUGUAACAAAUAGGAAGAAAGAGGCUUAGGUGGCUGUUUUACUGCUGCGGUGAAGAGUUGUGACUCAUAGCAUAAGCAGACAUUGAAGGAGGGGAGAGAUAAUGCAUUUAUAUCUUCAAAGACAAGUAAUAGUAAUGCUGAUACUUUAAUAUGGUUUAAAUGUCCUCUUUGGACAAAUAUAAGUUAGUGAUUGAUUGAUAGAGAGAAAUCUUGUCUUGUUCAAUAGACACUAGUGUUGUCAUGAUGCAAAAAAUUUUAACUUGAUUUCAAUACUAGAAAACUAUACAAGUGUCAAUACUACAAUUAGGGGUGUCAAAUUAUCGCGUUAAUUGCGAUGAAUUAAUUACAGUCAUAUUUAGCGCGUUAUGUUUUUUAAUCGCGUUAAUCUCAUUUUUAAUCUCUAAUUUUACUGUUUCUGUAUGCGAGUUGCUUUAUUAUAAAACCUGUUUUUAUGUGUUGUUGGGACAACAACACACACACGCAAAAAAAACACAUUUAUAAAUUUUUUUAUUUCGGUAUUUCCACUCAUUGCCGGAAACCCACACAAAACGCGCGCAGUAAGAGCGAUGUAAAGGUCAUGUUAACGUUGGCGGCGUCAGUCGCACAAUGGACGAGGUCGAAGAGCCAGUAGAACAGAGGCAGCAGUGCACAGGUAAAAACGCAUUCGUGUCUUGGAAAUUAUUCUCCCGACGUGAAAUAUAAAACAAAAUAACAAAUAUAAUAUCGCCUACAACUUAAAUGUCACUGGUGAAAACAACCUGCAUAGGCUCAUGAUGUCUGCACUACUGUCCUAUAGUGACCUGCCACAUGAGGGGACACGCACACAAACACACACAAACAUAAACACACACAAACAAACACACACCUUCAUCAUCGUCAUUAACCUGAGAACGCGCGGACCACAUUUCCUUCCGUAGACACUGCGCAGAAAACCGACGUGCUCUCCCGUGAGCCUGCGUGUGGAUCGUGUUUUCUCGCAUAGGCUGCGUAAACCGUGCUUCGUCCUGUGCGCCUCUAAACCAGAACUAACACCAAGACUAAAACCAGGUCUAAACCAGGACUAAACCAGAACUAACACCAGGACUAAAACCAGGAUUAAUCCAUUCCAGGACUAAACUAGGACUAAAGUGGGACUAAAGCAGGUCUAAAACAAGAACUAAAACCAGUGAUCUCAUAUAUAAAGCAUUUCUCUAUCAGUAAUAUUUUUAAUAUGGUUAAGGAAAGACUGGACUUUUUAUUGUCUUUAAGUAGACAAAAGUUAUUAUGUUCAUUUUUCCUCAUUUCCUCAUCUUUGCUGCUUUACAGCAAACAGUUUCUUAUUCAUGGAGACUUGGGCUCAACAGCCAAUUUGGAGAGAUUUGUUAAACAAUAAAUGACUUUAUAAAGUCACUUUUUUUAAUCUAUAUCAGUCUUUUGAUCUGCCACAAUAAUGUAAUAAUGAAUUUAAAUGAAAAUAACUCAAAUUGAAGGCUUUUCUCAGUAAUUUUUAGGUGAGAUUAAAAUGAGAUUAAUUAGAUUAAUUAAUUACAGAUCAUAAUUAAUUAAUCUCUCAAUUUUUUUAAUCGCAUGACAGCACUAACUACAAUGAUGAUAAAAACUCACAUUUUUCACAUUUUAGUGUAAAUUUCAUAACAAAAUAUAGUUUCUUAUUACUAUUAGAUCAGGGCACUCUAAAUCUGUUCAGGAGGGCAAAUGUUGUCCUAUUUUUUGCUUUGCAUUUGUUUUCCCCAGUAUCAGUAUUUAUUUAUUUAUUUAUCUAGUUUCAGUACUAGUUUUAGGAUUAAUUUCUAGGUAUUCAUUUUUGGCAGCCCUAAUAGACACAAACAGCUAUCCGCAUGCAUUUACUGGAGAGCAUUUUGACGAAUACUUAUGCAUUUUCAACCAGCCUUGUCUAAUUCUCAUCUUGUAUACUAUGAAAAGCCUGUACUUAUAAAGGUAAAGACAAUACUGCAGACACAAGUUUCUCACUUGACGGCUGUAAGAAAAUACUUUUGUAACUAAUUAAUUAAGGUCUAGAUUCAAAGGAGUAAUUAUAUUCAGAUGUGUGAGAGAAAGGAGCUGAAAAAAGUGUUUAUUUGAAAGAAAGAAAUUAAAAGUUGAUUAAAGAAAAAGAAGUAGACUGUGGAUCUGUUAAUUAAGAUUUAUAAAGGCUCAGUCUAUUAAAGGGAAGGCGCUGAGAGAGCAUUGAGCCGCAGUAUUAUAGAUUUGAGGGACAUGUCAUGCUUCUAUUUAUUUUAAGGUGCACUGUGUAACUUUUCUGGCCAUUAGCUUGUCUGAUGAUGAGAUGCUAUUACCUUGCCUGAAAUGUCUGUCUAGCAUUUAUUUAAAGGCCCACUGCAGCUUUUCUGGUGGUGGGUACAUAACUAAAAUAUUCCACAGUAUGACAUUAAGCUUAUUGCAUAUGGCAGUUUUUAUUGCUAAAAGACACUUUGAAAAACAUUCUUAUUGUGAUCAAAGUCGCCACUCCGCAGAUUUGACCUGUCACUUGGCCUGGUUGCGUCAUCUGCUUGUCUUAAUGAAGAUAGAUAAGUUUAAUGCUAUACUGUGGAAUAUUUCUGGCAAAGCAAUGACAUGUUCAAGCAGAUGGUGUGAAAAAGUUACGAAGUGCAACUUUAAUUGUGAGUAUUUUCUUGCUAAAAAAAAUACCUUUAAAAACUUGUAUUCUUACUGAGAGUGAGUUCGCCCCUCCACAGAUUUGACCCAUAAGCUGUCACCAUGGAAAUACAAAAGCCGAAUGCUACAGGUGACAUCACACUUCCUUAGUCCACCUCCUUAUACUUCAAAUGUAAAACAUAAAAUAAAAAUAUACCAUGGACAAGCAUUUAUCUUUCUAUUUUGCAAAAUUUGUCUGUAAAAAUUGAAAAUCACACUUUUUUCUCCCCCAAAUUGUUCUGUCUUUAAAAACUACCUCCAUAACCUCUGGAACAGUAUUGCCAUCUACAUCAAAAUACAUGAUCUGUCUAAAUUGAAAAGUUUACAGUAAAUACCACUGCCAUAGAAACACAUAUUAGAACAAAUCAGACAUUAUUUUACUGAUCAUUCUCCAUAGUAACAGCAGCCUAUCUAAUGUUAAAUAACACAGGCCUAUUCACAAUGUAUGAAAUAUUGAACAAAAGAGGAUCUAAAUAUCUUUGGUACAAACCUCUCCUAUCUGCUCACUGGAUCAUCUGCCUUCAUCAAUAAUUCAACUUGUAUUUUUAAUCUUUGCCUUUUACUCAGUGCCAACCUCAGUGCCAAACGGCCGCGCUCCGUCCAGAUUCAGUACUAUGGGAAUACUACUACUACUUAAUCUACAAAUACUUCUGUAACACUUUAUAACAACUACACUUUUAGUAGCUGCAAUAAAGCAUGAAUAAAGACUUAAAGGCCCCCCCCCCCAUUUUAGCAAAAAAAUGUCUUGUUUUUCACAUUUUAAGACAGUAAAAAUCAGAUACAGCGCCUUUAAGUAGUUACGAUGCCUGAAUCAUCCUUGAUAAACUAUUUAUUCAUUAUAAAUUAAGUCUUCUGUGUUCAUACUUUAUUAGGACUAUGAGGUGUUUGUUGUUAUAAAGUGGUACCAAUACUACUAGCACUAUACUGCUCAUUGUUACAGAAAUACUCAAAUUGGCACAUACUAGCUCCACACUUGACACAAAAGUGAAGGGGGAGGGGCAGAGACACACUAAAGAGUGCAUUUACCAUCACGUCAGGCAAUUUCAAAAUGACGUGCAAUUUUAGACUGAAAGGAAAAUAUUCAAAUCAGUUUGAGCACAAAGGAAUUCACAAGAGAUUACUUUGAAGGGUUUUACAAUUGAGAUCAAAUGUUGUUUUGAAAGCUAGAGUUAAAGAUUUUUGAAAGCUAAAAUGGUUAAUGGCAACAUUGGACUACAGUUUUGCCAUUGGAAUGCUGUUUUUCAAAAUGAUUUAUCAUUUUUGUGGGCUAUUGUUUUUGAAAUUCCCUCGUAUCUCAUUUGUUUAUUACCUGAAAACAUGCAUUGUAAUUCCAAGGCUCUGUGGAUUUAGCGGUCGGUAGCCUCACUGUUAGCCGCACUACUUCCUGUCUAAUUUUAUCUCUAUGGGUUUUUUGCAGAUUCAUGUUAAAAUUAAUAAAUAUUUAAGGAUAAGGCCGUGAGCAGGGAGCUGUGGGUGGAUGUCACUGACAGCAUGUUAAAAUAAUAACACUAAUCAAAUCAAAGGAUACUUCUGUGUUUAGAAAGACAGAUGUUCGUGUCUCAAUGCUAAUGCUAACGCUAACGCAAAGUCUGAAACGUAAGAAAACAAUGCCACAACCUGAAAUAUUCUACAAAUAAAAAUGAAUAAUUAUUUUAAUUCAUUUUAAUUCUGAUAGGUUCUUUAUUUUAUGUUUUCUGAUUUUAAUGAAAGUGACUGCCAGCUCUGAGACACCGCGCCUUGACUAGCCUUGCAGUGCACUCCGCUAGUUAAACUGUCAAACAUUUUUGGUUUGUUGCAGUUAUAUGUGGCACAGAGUCGCUUUACAUCCACAUGGUCUUGGGUUCAACUCCCUGACUAAUUUGUAAGUCUGCAUGUUCUCCCUGUGUCUCAGUGGGUUUCCUUUCGAUGCUCUUUCACCCAUCAAUCUAAAACCUGCACAGAUCUAUUAUAGAGUCAUCUGGUCCUGACCACUUUAAACCACGAAAACAUUUACUUUUACUGCACUUAAUCCAGAAGAAGACCUGUUACUGUGAAUGUAUCACGAUGCAUUCAGGUCCUCCGUUCAUUUCAAGACUGUGGCUUUAUUGUGUAGUUGUACUUAUCCGUACCGUUCUUCAUCACUUCAUGUAAAAAUCCCUUUAACGCACCUUAAACUGCACUUAAAACUUAAUGUGACUUUGACAUUUUUUCUGUAAAUGUUUCACUGUGAAAUUAUUUUAAAAAAUGCAUUUGAGAUUAACACCAGUUUCCUCUUUUUGCUAACGUUACUUUUGUGAUUUUGUGAAAUUAUUUUUGAUUUUGUGAAUUUUUGGUGCACCUUGUCUCUGUAAGUGCUGCUUGUGUCUGUGUCGUAAGUGCCAUAAAUAUUUUGAAAAUUGUAAAAAGUUGAAAGAAUUUUAAAGAUUUUAGGGAAAAAAAAACAUAUUUAAAAUGGAAAUAGAUGGAAUGACCAAAAAUGCUAUGACCUUUACAUUGUUAAUUUGAUUCCAUGCAUGUUAACAUUAGGCGUGUUUUAAAUUUCACUGUUGAUGAUGUCAAAAUUGUUGUUUGGCAAAAAGUAUAUUAUUGUAAGGAGAAUGGUGUCAGUUGAAAAUUAAGGAAGUUGUGGUUUAAUCUAAAAAUCGACCGCACGUUUGUGUUUCAUUUGACAGUUCUUUCAAGGGCUGGGCAAUAUGGUGAUAAACAUCUAAUCUUUUUUCUCAUUCCUGUUAAUAUGUUUCUUUGGGUGAUAUCUUCAUAUUGAUGCUUCUUUAUUGAUUGCAGCUCUACGUUAAAAAUAGUGGUGGAAGAAUAACUCAAUUUUGCUACUUCUGUACAAAUAUAGAUAUCAGAACAAAAAAAUACAAAAAAAACUUCUACUUCUGCCUGUUAAAAAUACAUGUUAAAAAUUAAUCCUGCUGAAAAGGUUGAGGGUUUAAACAAUAAUAAAAAAUACUUUUACUUUUCAGCCCUGUUCAAAAAUGUCACGGAGUAGAAAGUACAGAUACCUGCUUUCAAAUGUGGUGAAGCAAAAGUAAAAAGAAUCACUGCAAAAUGUACUUAUGCCUACAAUUGUGACUUACGUUCUGUACUUUACUAGUUGCACUUUGUUACUUUCCACCACUGGUUAAAACACUGACACUUUUCCCACCCACUUCUAUGUCGGGCUCUGAGUGAGUGACAGGUGGAUUCAACCAAUCACAGUGAAGUGUAAACUCUCAAAAGAAUCUGACAUGAAUUGUGAUCAUAUUAAAAAAUUUGCAUAUUUUUGACAUGCAUUAUAAGCUCCAAGAUAUUACAUACAGGUUUGAGCACAUUUCUUAUAAUAUAAAAUUAUCAGAUUUUCUUCAUGAAGAGAUUACAAAAACACUACCAUGGUAUUUUUGUCACUAUCAUUCACUCCUAUCUGUGUGUUUGUGUUUUUUUGUUUUUAUUUAACGCUUGAUGCCUUUAAACGAAUCAGCAGUGACACAGACUGUUUAACACUCACCUCUGGCUUAUUCGUGUAUUUUUUUAAAAAUACUCUUUAUAUUAUGUAGUCUAAAGUGUGUGUCCUUUUAUUUACUGUAAUCAGACAGGUCUUUAAAUAGUUUCAAAACUACAACCUUUUUUAUUAAUCCAUUUGUUUGUUUUGAGUUGGAAAUAAUUACAGUUUCUACUUGCAGUUACUUUAGCAACUAAUAUUUCUGAAUAAGGAAAGAACAUGUGAAAGAAACUCUACAGGUUUCUUCAUAUAAAUUUAUGAAAAUAAAACUAUUUAAAGCUAA